AAAAUAGAACCAGACUGAGAUGAUAAAAACCGCGGAGGCCAGUUAAAAGACCCUUUAUGCUGCUGUUUAUUUGUACCGGUAUCAAUAUACACAACGCGCGUGCUGCUGUAUGUAAUUUAUGCUGCUAGCUGUACACGUACACUGGGCUGCAUGCCGUAUGUCCACAUCGACCAUCAGCGGAGCGCAUCUCUCAUGCCAUAUUAUAAACUGACUGGAAUGUCAAGCUCGCGACGUCUUUGCAAGGUUUUUUUUUUCUUCACCAACAAAAGCUCAUCAAAAAUGCCAGUGUGACAGCUCCAAGGCCUGAAGACGUCUCCCCGGGAUAUUAAACGAUCUCCCCGUGUAUACAGUUUCAUCUGAGCGGUUUGUUGUUUUGGCCAAAUAUGUCAUCCGAGCAAGGAGCAGAUACUCACAGCGACGACCUCGGCCGGCAUGUGUGGACGCACGGCAGUGAAUGGCUCAACAAAAUGGCCGGCCUGACGGCGUACUUUCUGGCGGCGCUCCAGUCGGGAGAAAUCGACAUUUUGAACGUUCUGCUCAUCUUUUGGUUUGUGCUGGCGGGGCUGGUGGUAGCCACGGUGUCAUGGUACGACUCCAUGAGGAGAACCAAGGGCCAGAAAGUUGCUGCGGGUGGCAGGGAAGGCGGGGACGGGGCCGCCCGCGGAAGUCCGGGAAGGGCCGGCCGGAGCGAGGCAUCACCGGGCCUGUCGCCCGGCGCAACCGGGGACGCUGGUGCCGAGACGUGCCGGUGGUUGAACUCGGUCGUUGCUUGGAUGUAUAUGCACCAGUCGCAGGCACCUGGACAGUUAUUAACAGCCUGGUUAAAGGCACUAAAUGAGCAGACAAGAAAAAGAGGGAGUUCUGUUCAGGUGACAUUUGACCGGCUGAAGGCAGGCAGCCUACCUCCUAAAUUUAGUGCAAUCCGAGCUGAGGCUGGCCCCAGAGAUCUGCUGACUGUCACAUGCCAAGUAGAGGCCACUGGUGUGGCAUUUGUCAUCUUUGCCACCCAGCAGACAGCCAGCAGCGUCAAGCUUUCGACCUGCGAUGUGGCGAUCGAGAAACUGAUUGGGAAGCUCCAAUUACAGGUGCAAUGUAAAGUGCAGUGCCUCUCGGACGAGCUGCUGCAGGUCAAUGCGGCGUUCGAGAGCAAGCCAGAUCUGUCUCUGACCGUCCGACCGCAGACGUCUAGCAAGAACGACCCGGUGGAUUUGCUGCUGGUCGAGGAGAUUGUCCGUGGGGCCAUCAUGGGGGCAAUGACCUGCGUUGACCUCUCCACCAAAACGGUACCCCGAGAGGUACUGACACCCACAAUUGGCCCCAUCAGUAUGUCGCAGCGUUCGGCGUUCCAUCAGCCCCCAACGAAUGCCAACGUACGGAACAAGCCAAUGACUAGUACGCCAAUGGGUCGCACGCUGACCCCUGCUGAUCGAAGGCUGUUGGUCAAAGUCAUCAAAGCCAAUGGAUUACGUGAGAGGGACGGUACAAGCGCCAGCGACCCUUACUGCGUGGUGACCAUUGACCAACCGAGCCAGAAGCACAAGACCAACAUCAUCCGCAAUACGGUCAACCCGUUCUGGGACGAGCAUUUCUUAUUUGAGCUGAACAAUUACUCCAGUGAGCUGAGGUUCGAAGUCUUUGACAGGGACAGGAUGCUGAGAGACGAGUUUCUUGGGGAGGCAGUGAUUUGUCUGGACUCGCUGGAGCGUAACCCGAGCAGCCGACAGAUCAUCCCCCUGCAGGGCCGGUUGAGCGAGAGUGAUAACAUCAAGGGAUCCCUCACGGUGGAGUUCGUGUUCUCAUUGUCGCCUGAGGAGACUGAGUCCGAAAUGUUGAAGAGGUUUGUGUAUUGUCCUCCGGAGUUGUCGCCAGAACCUUCUCCUAAGGAACGGUUCCUUUUCCCCGGAGAUCGAGGCUGGGAGGCCGAUGAAAGGUUCCUGUUCAUGGAGCCUGCUGACCAGGUAUGGAUGGACACCAGCGGGUACAAGCCCCGACAGCAGGCCUCUCCCACCAAGCGGGUGGAGACACAGCGUACCGUGGCCCCCGAUGGCACCAUCAUCACCACGGUGACCACUACCACUGCCCGACCCAAGCAGAUACCCGACCGGCGGGGACUGGGCAACGAAAUGCCGACCAGGGUCCUGACAACAUCCUCAGUACUCCCAGAGCCCCAGAUGGCUACCUUCACUGCUGCCCCGCCAGCCAACAUGGUGGAAAUACCGGCAGAGCAGCGACACAGUAACAGCUCAACCAUGACUGAUCCAGAAAUGAUGAUGGUUUCUGGUGGGCCGCACUCAGUGGCAGAGACCGCCAUCAAGCACCUGUCAGAGACCUCCAAGGAUGAUCGGCCUCGGACACCAACCAAGAAGAGCACGCUCAUCAUCCACGGUGUGGCACAGGAGACUGGCGGUGAGAAGACACCAACAGAGGACUUUCUCAUGACAGAUGACCCGCUGGGUCCCAAGGAAGGCGAGAGCAUGAAGAGAGAUGCCUCUCCCAGGGGUAGCAAACGCCGCUUCUUCAACUUCAAGAAGAAGGACAAGAGGCAGAGCAGUAUCGACGACACGUCAGUAAAUGGCUCCGAGGCACCGGGCAGCGAGGCCCGCAAGGGCAGCGAUUCGCGCAAAGGCGGCGAUUCGCGCAAAGGCAGCGAUUCGCGCAAGACCAGGUCCAACACACUGGACGUCCCCAGCAGCGGUAGGAGCAGAGAGUCGUCACCAAGUCGCAUGAAGAAGCGGGUCUUCAGCUUCUUGAAGAAGGACAAGAAGGACAAAAGCCGCCCCUACAGCUCCAGUACUGAUCUCCAGAAUGGGGCGGAGCUGCACCCGGGCGGGGAGUCACCCUCCCCGACCACGCCCAGCAGCACGGGCAGCGGCAGCCUGUCAGUGCCCAGCGGGGGACGGUCCUCCAGCACGGGGGAUCUCAAGACGGGCCGAGCCACGGAGGAACAGAGGAGGUUAUCGGCAGACGCCAGGCAGCAGGGCAAGGAGAAAGGGAUCGGUUCGCCUGUCUGACAGGGAGAUGAGUAGAACUCCUGGAGUGCAGUGGAUGCCACGUUUGGAUGGUUUGAGGAGCCCGUACAUGUACAUUGCCAGUUGAGCUGUGAGUAGACACACUAACAGUUCUGACUAGUUGGAAACAAACCGAUCACCUCGGACAAGCAAUAACAAGUAACACAGCCUUGUACAGUGCGCUUCUGUGCUACUGUGGAUACGUAACAGUCACUGAGACGUAUUUUGCUGAGAGUGUUGCCGGCGAGAGUGGAACCUCGGACCGUCUGACAUUUUGUAGGUUGUGUGUAGUGCAACAUUGCCGUGCAAUUCAUCACUUUGUAGAUUCAAAGGUAGUGGAAAGAAUUCCCUUUUUUUUGUAUUUCAAUCACCAAUUUGGAGAUGGUAUCACUGUCAAAUUUUAGAUGAAAGAUAUAUCUGCUGUUCACUGAAAGUGUGGAUUCGAACAGCGGAUCAGGGGAAUGCAAGUUUAGAGUUGUAGUUAUAUAUCAAAUAUCUGAUCUAAAUUUCUGACUUCGUCCAUUAAUAUUGUAAGCCUUUUUAGUGAGAUAUAUACUGUAUAGACUCUGAAGAGGUGUCAGGUGUUUUGUAUUUGUAGUUUGUAGUUAUACUGGGUUUGGUUCGAACCAGCUACCAGCAGAUUUGCAGUACUAUCCAAACAAGCAAGGCAAAAUGUUUUGGGGAACUGUUCCCUCAAAACCUUUUCAGUUAAACUGUGUGGGAAUUUUUUUUUUGGGGGGGGGGAUUAGGAGAACUUGCAACCAGCAGGUUGUAGAUGAGCUUGGAAGCUUUUUCAUGAUGGAGGUGGCAAAUUAAGUCAAAAAAAGUGCUCUUCGUAGGAUCCUGAGUUAGCAUCCUCUCCACAGCUCACCGCCUCCAGACACCAUAUAAGCUGCUUCAUCAAUGGACCCCUUUGCAUUCUCCUGAUGAUGGACAGAGCAUACUGUCCGAAACGUUGAGUACAAGCCAGUUCGUUUCAGAACCACACAUUCUCACUAAAGAGAUAUCCACGGCAAACCUUUUGCUUAACCACUCAACGCCGGAUUACAUAUAAACACACAAAAUUUUCCUUAUUUGCUCCACGUAGGACAUUUACACUCAUUUAAGAAUUCUUCUUUCAAUCCCCGGGGUUGACGCAUUAACGCGUCGUGCUUGGUUGGGUCAAGCACAGAAGAUGAUCCUACACGUGUAUACUGCUACUAAGUGGUCCCACUCCCAACCAACAAUAAAAUGAAAAUGCCUUUCUGGAGUAAUUGGAAUUGAAUUGGGAUCCUCUCCAUACACAAAAGAGCUAUAUGUUUGGGUCAGCGGAUUUGCUAGGGAGUGAAACCACACUUUAUACAAAAGAGAUAAGGUUACAAAAUCCCAGCUAGCCAUGACUAGCAACUCCUUGGUAUUGAAACAAUUGCCCAAAACACACACGGCCACGGGUGAUGCCUGUGUACGCUGUUGACUUUUUGACACGUGAACACGCGCCACAAGUUUCACCAGGGCAAUUGACAAAAUGGGGAAAAGAGUGAAAGUGCUGAUGGGGAAGUCAUGAGCGGGUAAGAAAAUCCGACGUUAACUGGUGAAAGAGUCAAGGAUCCACUAGCUUACGGGAAGUUUCCCAGUUAGGUCAGAAUUGAGCGCAGAAUUCCUGUUCUUCCCUCUUCCCCCCCCCAAAAAAAGUUGGGAUUUCACCCCAUUCAGAAAAUGCUUACGCUCCAACUAAACACAGAUGUUCUUUUUGACUGCUUGAAAAAAGAAUGACAGAUCACAGACUGUGUUACCGUUGCCCCCACAGAUUCCUGAGCAGUUCAUCUGCUCUGCUCAUUCAAAAGUGGAGACCGUCCAACCUUGGUGUGCAUUUAUUUUGACCUGGCCAUUGCCAAGUUGAUGGGAUGGUUGAGUUAGGAGAGUGGAGACCCAGUUGUGGGUCGUGGCGAGCCUCGGUGUGGCCCCCGCAACAAGGGAAAACACAUAUCUAAACAUGUACGUGCAUGCCCGUUUGGGAAUACUGAUCCAGUUCAUUACUUAUAAGAAGCAUGCGUUCACUUGUAGUGAAUGCGACUCCCUUGUGUUGAAAAAAAAAACACAGUUAGCAUUAGUCCGUUUCUGUAGGUUACAGGUGUUUGCUGCUUCAAGCCGAAAUUGUGCCAUGUACAUGUACGAAGUGGCACGCAGGCUAUGAUUGGAGUGAAAUCGACCGAGUGAAUUUCUGUUUAUACACGGAAGUUGAUUAAUCCCAACAGUCAUCAGUCCUUCACCUGUUGGAGGAUGGAGGCCCGUUACGGUUUAUAUUUUCAAUCAGAAAAAGUGCUGAAGUCUAUGGGGGAUAAAAACUGGUUGAGCAUAACGUACCUGUCCCUAGUUUAACACCAGCAGCUGCCUUCAUGCUGAUCCUCUCAUAAAACAGAUUUUGCGAUUUCCAAGGCAUAACCAUUGCGGAAACACAGCCAAAAUGACUGGUCGUAGCCAUUAUUUGGGGGGGGGGUGUUUGCUGCUAACUGCAUCUUAUGUCACAGUUUGUAUGCACGUACAUGAAUGCGUGCACGCAGUCCAACUUCAGCUAAUCCCUACCAGUGGACAUGCGUGUGUUUGCGUUGCUCUCACUGACACUGAAUAACUGUGCUUUCCCGUGAGAUUACGCACACUUAAAUGUGAUCUAUGUUAACUUGUCAUUGAUUUUGAACCCAAGAAUGUUUGUGUUUGUGUCACAGAAGUCCUGAGUGGCUUUUCUGCAAAUUGUUAACAUCUCACACGUUAUCUACCCAGAAAAAUUGACGUUUGUAAAAAGCAUCCUCAGGAACCGAAAUGUGAAAACAACAAUAAUCAGGAAGUUGAUUUCCACAAGAUCCGUUCAGGUCCGUGAUUGGAUAUGCAAGAUUAAAUCACUUCCUAUAUAAUGUAUAAACCGCAUCUUUCAGAGUGGGAAGGAAAAUGACAUUGUUGUAUCUGAACCCAUCACCAGUCAAAAAGAGAAGGUCUGGAAAUGAGGGGAAAAAAAGUCCAUUCAAUGAGUGGCACCUGUAGUAGUGUGUCACUUUUUAAAAGGUCCUAUAAAGCUGUCCUUGUUAGAAUCCAAACCUGGACUGAGCUAGAAGUUGAAAUUGAAAUUUAUUUUUAAGAAGUAUAUCUGACGCUGUAUAAAAUAAACUCAUUACCAAGUUUUCAGGAAUGUUUUUAAUCUACGUGUAAACUCCAUAUUUUUGCAUUUUUCAAGGAAGACAAAUGUUUUGUAUACUGCAGAUUGAUUGUUGAUAAAUUACUGCCAUACUUUGACAAGAAAUUGGCAUAAAAAAUGCCAACAGUUUGAGAAAAAGUGUGUUUAGUCAUCGAUGUGUAACUGUGGUGCCAUAAUAUCUCCAAUUAGACCGUUGAAAAGUUGUACAGUUGUUUCUUUUUCUCCCUUCGGUAAAGAUCUUAAAACCUGCAAUUAUUUAAAACUGUGGUUUGGAACCGCAGUAUAAGUAAGAUAUUUUGUCAUUCUCUUUGUCGUCCUACAUUAGAGUAUGUAGAAGGAAUUUAUGUCUAGAAUGUUUUGGUAACAGGUGUUUUCUUGUUAAUCCAGUGGAUGUCUGAUUGUGGUAUUCAUUACCAGCUACACUGUAUGCCGUAGUUUGUAAUCGGCUUACAGUGAGCCCAACCCUUGACGGCAUUUUCACCCUUUUUAACCCUUGAGCUGGUGUGGUUGAGAGACCAGACUAGCAGCAUACUAAAAUGUUUCCCUAGUCUAGUCUCCGCACUGACAAAUGAAGAGAUGCGGACGUCAUUGCCGAACAGUUCUCGGUGAUGUGUAGCUAUACGGAAAUGCAUUAUCAAGACCUACACAAACAUAAAUGUUGCAAGUCCGUAAAGUUGGACCAUGUUCAGCUUUGCCAACUGUCUGCGUCAAAUCGUCAACGCUCAUGUAGGCCCAUGCAAACAUGAUGGGCAUACAACAAUAUAAAUGCCCCUCUUGCAUGAGUACUAAAAUUGUCAGAGAACUAGCUGGCUGUAUAUGAAAUUCUUGUACACCAAACUGAAGUUGCGUUCAGCUCCAAGAAAUAUUACAGCCACCUGCCAAAGGCAUUUCUGAUGAAAUGUUUCUGUUUCAGAUGCCAUUUUGUGUCAGUUUGUAUGUUUUUUCAUACAUUCUUUUCUGCACCUGUCUGCCUGUUGGCAUCUCGAAUGCUGUUGACAGUGGAGACUUGAGGAGACAACCAGAACAAAUGUAGAGUGCGGUGAAGCUUGGUUAAGGGUCCAGCUGCUUGUUUGGAGUCUACCACAUAAAACACUGCAGAAGGUUUUGAAAGGCAUACCCCACUGCACAUUGUCACUGGAUGACUGUUAUGUAGAGAUCUGAAGAAGCCAACUUUAAAGGGUUUUGAAGGGUCAAGGCCGAUUGACAAAUCGGCCAUAUAGAUUGGGCUUUGUUUACUAAUGUGAAUUGUAUUGUGUCGUGACAACCUCGGGUGUAAUUUUAUCAAAGGUGCGUUCAGUAAAAUGCAAAGAAAUAGCCAGUUGUGUUGUCUUUUUUUCACAUAUGGAGUUUCUAUUUUCUUGGUGAAUAAAUCUGUUGCGCUGUCAUUGUGGCGUCAGCAUUAGCUCAGUGCAAAAUUGUGACUGGCUCUGCAAAAAUGGCCCUUGGGCUUUUGUGUGACAAAUUGAUUUGAAGAGAUGCCCACGGAUACAGAGGCAUUUUAAGAAGGAUUAAAUUUGUGUAUUUUUUACCUCUGUUGCUCAUUCGGUUUCCGAGAUACAGUAAAAUUUAGAAUUGAUCUCUGGCAGGUGUACGGAAUGGUCCGUUACAUAAAGAGGCAUAGCAUGACUUUUGUACUUCCAGUGACAUUCUGUAUUCUGGAUAUCUCUUAUUUCUACUUGUUUGAAAAUUGGUUUUUUUUUUUAAUCUGGAAAGUACUUUCAUUUCUAAGGAGUCAAACAUUAAAUUGUUCUUGAGCAGUGAAAAUAAGAAAAUUUAUACAAAAUGCACUGUAGUUGUGUAUUUUAGCAACAGUUAGGGCUUCUGUUUAUAUUUUGUUUUCUGCCAUUACAGGUUGAAAUGGGGUUGUUUGGAGGCGAAGGGCAUAUCCAUGUAUGCUUUAGGUUCAUAUUGCGUGCAAUUGUGACUAUAGUCUUAAUGCCUUGGGUGAAUUAUAAACCAUUUUACAAUGUUUUUCUGUAACUUAUGUUCUGCCCAUUCUUCUCGGAACUCUCUUCCAUAUGAGUUGCUUGUAGGGGAUGUUCAACUGUGGGUUUUCUGAUUUGAAUAGCAUUCAUUUUGUGUGAACGCAUCAUUACAUUAACAUUGUGAAAUGUUAGACAAACAAUUGUGUAAUUAUAGUCUAUUUGAACAAACUCCAUCAUAAACAUGAAGUACACUUAUACAAACAAACUUGUACAAACAUGAGUUUCGGGCAAAAACUUGCAGUUUAUGAGAUUUAUGAGAUUUACCAUUAAAUGUUAUUUUCACGAAUAGUUUCUGAAUAUCAGAGUUUGCAGGCUUAGGAUGAAGUUUGGAAAGGCACCUGCACAUUGAAGAGUUAAGCGUUGUUUUUUUUUUUGGGACAAAUUUAUUUGGUAAGAACAAAUGAGGAAACAGUCACAAGUAAUGGUAAUUUAAUACGCGACAGCUUUGCUUGUAACCUGGUCUUGUUUUAAAUCUUCUUUUUCCUCAUACAUUUGGAAGUUGGUGUUCUCAACAGCUGUGUGUGAUCAACUCCAGAUAUUUUCACUGUGUUGUUGCUUUAUAGUAUACAGAGGAAACAUGAGCCAGUUUGAUUGCCUUCCUGA